GAGUAUCGUCGCGUCGAGAAAAUAUUAUUCUUUUCUCCUAUGAAUUUACGUCAACAGCUGGGUUCGGGUCUGAGCAUGGCCAUGGUUUUAGCCAGCGCCUUUGCGUUCUGGAAGCUGUUUUCCAUCGUGACCAUGUCUAACUCUCCGAUUGUUGUGGUUCUUUCUGGAUCCAUGGAGCCAGCUUUCCAACGAGGAGACGUGCUGUUUCUUUGGAAUAGAGAAGAGUACGUCGGAGUAGGAGACGUUGUUGUCUACAAAUUGCAAGAGAAAGAUAUCCCAAUUGUGCAUAGAGUUGUUAGAGAACACAGGCUGCUCCUGACUAAAGGAGACAAUAACGAGCGAGACGAUUUACCAUUAUAUGCUUACGGACAGCAGUAUCUCGAAAGAGACAAAGAUAUUCUUGGAAGAGUAUUUGGAUACGUCCCUCUAGUUGGGUAUGUUACGAUCCUCAUUACGGAGAACGUGUACUUCAAGUACGCCCUGAUGGCAUUACUCGGUCUCUCUGCGUUAGUACAGGACGAAUAA